CCCGAGGGCGGGGGGGGGGCGGCGGAGUGGUGUGUCGGAGCGGCUAGGCGGGCCCUGCCCCAGAGGGGGAGCAGUGGCAACUCCGGGGGCCGGCGCCAGGGCUCUGCCGCGGUCUGGGAGGCCGCCGCGGGCCCCUUCUUGCGGCCGUCCGCGUGCAUGGUGAUCCGGGACGGGGCCGCCGCCGCCAUCUCCUCCUCCUCUUCCUCCUCCUCCGCUGCCGCCUCCUCCUCUUCCUCCUCCUCCUGGGUCGGGCCGAUCCCCUCCCCGCGGCCGCCUCCUCCUGGGCUGGGCCCGCGGUGCCUCGUCCCCUCCCCGAGCCGUUCCUGCAGCCGCCGCCGCCGCCGCCUCCUCAUUCAUCCUCGUGCACCAUAGGCGGCACAGGUUCCAAGAUGUCCAACCGAGUGGUCUGCCGGGAAGCCAGUCACGCCGGGAGCUGGUACACAGCCUCAGGUCCUCAGCUGAAUGCACAAUUAGAAGGUUGGCUCUCACAAGUACAGUCCACAAAAAGACCUGCUAGAGCCAUUAUUGCCCCCCAUGCAGGAUAUACUUACUGUGGGUCUUGUGCUGCUCAUGCUUACAAACAAGUGGAUCCAUCUAUUACCCGGAGAAUAUUCAUCCUUGGGCCUUCCCAUCAUGUGCCCCUAUCUCGAUGUGCACUUUCCAGUGUGGAUAUAUAUAGAACACCUCUGUAUGACCUUCGUAUUGAUCAAAAGAUUUAUGGAGAGCUAUGGAAAACAGGAAUGUUUGAGCGCAUGUCUCUACAGACAGAUGAAGAUGAACACAGUAUUGAAAUGCAUUUGCCUUAUACUGCUAAAGCCAUGGAAAGCCAUAAGGAUGAGUUUACCAUUAUUCCUGUAUUGGUUGGAGCUCUGAGUGAGUCAAAAGAACAGGAAUUCGGAAAACUCUUCAGUAAAUAUCUAGCGGAUCCUAGUAAUCUCUUUGUGGUUUCUUCUGAUUUCUGCCAUUGGGGUCAAAGGUUCCGUUACAGUUACUAUGAUGAAUCCCAGGGGGAGAUUUAUAGAUCCAUUGAACAUCUAGAUAAAAUGGGCAUGAGUAUUAUAGAACAACUAGACCCCGUAUCUUUUAGCAAUUACUUGAAGAAAUACCAUAACACAAUAUGUGGAAGACAUCCCAUUGGGGUGUUGCUAAAUGCUAUCACAGAGCUCCAGAAGAAUGGAAUGAAUAUGAGCUUUUCAUUUUUGAAUUAUGCCCAGUCAAGCCAGUGUAGAAACUGGCAAGACAGUUCAGUGAGUUAUGCAGCUGGAGCACUUACAGUCCACUGAAGCUCUGAAUACUCAGGGAUACCACCUGCACAUACUCAUUCUCUAAAUGGGGUCCCAGCCUAGCCCUUACAAAGAUACAGUUCCUGGUCUUUGGGGAUACUGAAACCUCAAAAUUAAUAGAACUUUCUUCUCUUUUCUAGUAGGUGUAGUCCUUCCUUAAUUUCAACUCAUUAUAAAAUGCUUUCUUGUUUAGGACAAUGAAGGAAGGCUGGCUUCAAAAUAUUUUAUAAUUUAAAAAAGUGAUGAUGGAUGUAAAGUCAUGGUGGCAGAUGGUCCUUCAAAUACAACCUGUAAAGCAUUUACCAUAUUCUAAAUUUGCACUCUUUGCAGACCUGUGCACAUGUAUUCAGCUUUCAGAAUAGUUUUGCAAAUUGUAAACAAACAAAAAAGGGUGGAAGCUUUUUAAUAAUGAAAAUUGCAUUUAUAAAUGAUCUGUAUUAGAAUAUAAUAAAUCUCCAGUAUAGUCAACUACUACCCAUGUUGUACAACAGAUACCUUCUAUUUUAGUUGCUAAUAAAGGGCUACACAACUCAAAUUAGUCUGAUUUAAACUUAUUGCUCUGUGCAUAUGUGUAGAUUGUUUCUCAUUAACUUCAUCUUAGUAUUUUUAUGUUCAGUUUGGAAAACAGCUCCUUUGUAAGAUAGUUGAGGAUGUGUUUUAUAUUUAUAUGAAGACUAUUUCAGUUACAGAAAUUAAUAUAAUGUUAUAAUUUAUAAGUUGGCUUUUCAAAGCUACAUACAGUAUGCCAAAUUGCUUUUAGGUAUAUGAAAUCAAUUUUUGUCACUAAAUACCAUGUUAUAAUAAACUUUACAUUCAAAUUUGGCAAAAUAGGGUUGAUUUUAGCCCUUCAGCUGCAAAGAUUGUUUGCAGGAUGCUAGUUUGCAAAGAUUGUGGAACAUGUCUUGUCUUUUAUGGUUAUUGCCAAAUAGUUGCCACUGUGUUUCACAGUGCUUUAAAAAAUUCAACCUUGUUUUGUACUUAUCUUUUUCAGUAAGAAAUAAUUUUUUAAAAAUCCCUUACUGUUCCUACAAUUCCACUAUUUAAAUGGUAAUUCGUUUUCUUUCCUCUUGCUUAAUUUAGACUAAAUUAGACUUAAUUUGACUAAAAAAUGUCAUGGUAGUGGUUGUUAUUUGUGCAUCCUGUGUGUGCUAGAUUGCGUUAGCAUAGUCUAGUAGUUGAUUUCCCAGCUAUUGAAUUCAGUUUUAAAAUCUUCAGUACAAUAUCUGACAAGCACAAUACUUAGGUGCCUUGCACCAAAUGUAUUCAGAUAUUUGAUUUUGCUAUUUAUCAAGCAUUAAAUUUUUUUUCUACUCAAGGAGUGAUUUAAAUUUCUAAAUGGAGUAAAAGUGUCCUGUGCAUCUCUGUGGAAAAGUAUGUCUUUAGAUCAGAUAUCUGCAAUUUAAAUCCUGGCAUGUUCAUAAGGAAAUUUUUUGGAGGGGGUAGUGAGAUAUUACAAUCACUUUUGCUUUAUGGAUUUAAAUGAAUUACAACAAAAUUGAUUGUGAUAUGUGUUUUUUUCUUUUUUUUUAAAGCCAACCAUUAUCCCUCCUAGUAAUGUUACUAUAAAAUUUACAAUGUAUUUUCUGGGAAAAGUUUUCCAGCUUGAUGAGUUGUAAUUUCCUACUUAAAGAAAGAGGAUAAGAUGAUGGCCAGGCCUGUUAAAUGCUGGCAUUGUAGUACAGGGACUGCUUUUAUAGUAUUUUUUGAAGUGUAAUCACCUAAUCACCUCUACCCUUUUCCAAGAACACAGGAACAUCUGCCAUGCCUGGGAAUCCCCUGGCUCCACACUUAUACCUCCUAGAAUUUAGUGCAACUACUUUUUUUGCUUGCUUCCCCCCCCUUUUUUUUUGGUAUAUAUUUACAGUGUCUCAGAGAGUUGGGCUACUGUAGCACACUUCAAUAAUGAGUGCCACUGUAACCCAGCCUGAAAUUUCUUAGUGUCCUACUUUGUCAAUUCUGGAAAUUUGGUAUUCUGGUAAAAAUAAAUUUGCUUUAAAUGGA